AUGGUGGCCGAGAAACAUGUGGCGCCAUCAAAAUCAAAUCUCAGUUUUUCGUUUGAGGUUUCUGAUGAUGAUGAUGAUGUUAAUGAUGAUGAUGAUGAUGAGCAUUUUCGUAUGUUUGAACCAUCGAAGGAGCCGGUCAAUGAGGCUGUGAUUUCUCUAGCUGAGACAGAGAAAAAAAUCAACAUUUUCAAGCAACCAAACGAUCCAACGCCCGAACAGAUGGAAGCCCUUAUUGAACAAUCACAAUCAACUACGAGGAAGCCUCCCCAAGCAGUUUCUGUUACUACUGAGUCUCCAUCUGGGAGUGAUAAAUACGAUUCAAAUGCCUCCCUGAUGCCAAGAAAGCGAAGGCGUAGAGAUCCAAGGCGGGGAGUGCUUAUUACUGAACCAGUACAACAGCCAACUUCAAACGUUAAACCAGCCCAAGUUAAUCGAAAUGAUCAAGAUGAUCUAAGCCCAAUUGUUGAGCCAGCCCAGUCAGUCCCUUUGUAA